GGAGGGAUCUCUGCUUUGUUCCAACAUAGUUCCCUGCAGAGUUGCUAGGGUCGUUCAAGUUGGAAUUUUCUGUCUGUCGACGACCAGUGCAAAAAAAAUAAAUAAAUAAUACCAUGGGAAACAAUUUUCUUAUUUGGAUUUUCCUUUUUUGCUUAUUCUAUAAAGUGUCAGGAGAAGGGUGCUCCCUUGUUCUCAAGCCCUCCCGGGUUGUGGUGGGCUUUGGGGAGUCGGUGACGGUCAGCUGCGAAGCCACACGCCCAGUUCGCGUCCUAGGCUGGGAAUCCGCCAUCAGUGCGGUGCACACGCAGGAGGACCAGUCUGUCCAGUGGAAGGUGGACAGUCUCAUUGACUGGAUAGAGGAGCCCAUCUGUUAUGGGGUCUUUUUCACAGCUCCGAGACAGUGUGAGGAGAAACUCAACCUUGUGCUCUACAAAACUCCAGACAGCAUUUCCAUCAGGCAGGCGAACCACUCUGGUCCCAUGGUGGAGGGAAAAGAGUACCAGCUGCUCUGUGAGGUGCAGAAUAUUGCUCCUGUUCAGUACCUCACACUGAGAUGGUACCGAGGCCAGACUGAGGUUUAUCAGCACUCCUUCUCAGACCUCACAUCGUCUUCCCCCGUCCAAGUGUCCUCUACCCUCGUCAUCACCCCAGCGAUUGCAGAGAACGAUGCAGAAUACAAGUGUGUAGCAGAGCUGGAGCUUGGACCGGAAGGACCACAGCCCCCUCCCUCUUUGGCCUCAGAGCCCCUCGCUGUGUCUGUGCACUUCCCUCCAACAUUUCUAAGUCCUGAAACAGAAGUGUUAGACUUUGCAGCAGGAGCAGAAAUCACCCUAAACUGCACCGCCACAGGAAACCCUGCCCCUGUAUACAGCUGGCAAUCACCCCAUCUCAUAGAGGAGAGGAUGAAGGCAGAGGCGGUUAUCACUUCCUCCUCGCUACUCCCAGGCAGAUAUACAUGCACUGCCUCUAACACGCUGGAAAAGAAGAGCAAGCAGUUCAUAAUCAAAGAACAGAUCAAAGGUGUGUGAAGUCAAUUAUCUCGCGAUGGAUCGGUUGGCCUGCCGUCUGACUCAUGGGGAAAAUUGCACCACGCUGAUUUCUCUGUCGCCACUUUGGAGAUGGGAAUGAUGACACAUUUAUGAUUCAGUGGAUGUUGAUGAGGUUCAUGUUACCUUCCCAAGUUAGAUAUCAUAGGGGAAAAAAUACUAUGUUUGGUAACUGCAAUUUAAUAUAUAUGUGUUGGUUUAGGUAGAUUUUACAUUUUAGAUUUGAGAUGUGAUAUUUGUUGUGUAAUUUAUAUUUUUGCUAGCCUUAUUUACCCACUAAUGUAAUAAAGUCCUGUAGCAUUUCAAAAACACAGCUACUAUUGGCCUUGCAAAUAAUAGCUGAAGAGAAUUACUGUAAAUAUGAGCUGUUCAUGGCUUGAUUUUCUUAUCUUUAUCAAUAAAAGUUCAAUAAAAACAAGCUUUUUACUAA